CUCACUUUCCCAUUUUGGACAAUUUGUGUGGCUCACAUUCAUUUUACUUUUUCCUUACACAAUCACAACCAUACAUUUCCACUUUAUUCCACUUUCUUAAUAAGCGUGCCAAGUCAAACCGGGAAGAAUUUUUAGGAAUGGAGGGAGUAUAUAAAACAUGUAUUAUAUGCCGUAUGUAUUUUUAAAUUGUGAGAUGUUUAAAACACGUUCGUAUCUUUAUUCAUUUCAAGAACGUUAAACGGAAACUGUCGCUCAUAAGUGACUCAUCACUCAUCAGCUCAUCUCUUUAUCAAUCUGCCACGCGGCCCUACGCUUUAUUGAAGAAUGGCGGCAUCUGCAAUCAAAGCUGGUGCGCUGGUAAUGUUACAAGAGCUGAAUCCCUCUUCGCCGUUCUUUAAGCAAGGGGCCUCACUCAGAGUCACCGGGAAGCUACAAGAUUAUGAUGUCCAGACAGCCUGUGCAGUAGUUGUUGAUGGGAAUGCCUCCUUAAAGAUAGACACACAGCACUUGAAUGUCAAUAUCCGCCCUGGUUCCAUCUACCAAUUCAUUGGAGAACUGUAUAUUGAUCCCAGUAAUGAGGCGAUCUUGAAAGCACGAGUAGGAAGAAAUGUGGAUGGCAUGGACCUUAAUCUCUAUCAUCAGUCAUUGCAACUAUUGAGAAAUUUCAUGGAUGAACAAACACUUAGCCGCACACAAUAGAAGUUUUUGCAGGUGAACGGAGUGUGAUUCAGAAAGAUAAUGUUCUUGGUAGAGUGAUUCGAGUGAAUGAGAAUAUUGGAAGGGCUGGGACGGGGAGACAGAAUUGGGUUCUUACCAUGGCGGGAGGGAACAAGACUCGUAACGAGGAGGACGAAGCAGUAGCUAUGGGGGAUUCUGUUGGUGAAAGAAGCGCAGGAGGGUGUGGGAGGAGGACAAAGGCGUGGAUGCUGGGAGAGACAACAUGGCUCUCGGUGGUCCAAAAAACGCAAAAGGGGCGGGUCUAGGCUCUUCGACCCGCCGAGAGCUUUGAAGAUGAUUUUGCUUAAUGAAGCACGGGGGAAGCCCCUCGGGUUGCUGAGGGUGCAGCUCAAUUUCCACUUUUAUGAUUUUAUUUUUGUCUUUUAUUUGGAUCAGAUUGUGUUUGUUUUUGUCGUUUAUGGUUUUUUUUGUCAGACUCUUGCAUUAGGAUUGGGCGAUGAGAGAUCUUUCCUUACCGUGUUAGGCUCAUUUAGACCCAUUACAAGAUCAACGAGUCAUAUUGCUUUUUAGGGGUGAUUGACUCUAAGUCUGGUUCGAGAAUCGGCGGGUGGAAGUGGUCCUUUUAUCUUGUUCUCCUUCCGAAUGCUGUGAAUCUGUGAUAUCAAUGGCCUUUUCCCAAAAACGGCAUUUUGAUAUGGUCAAAUGUGUGACAUGCGUGAGAUAAAUUAUAGUGCGAUU